ACCUCUCACACUCUACAUCUUCUGCGCUCUCUUUCUAUCUCGCACAGACACACACUCUCUUUCUCCCUCUCUUUCCGUCCUCUCCUCUCUCUGUUCAAACACCUGGGCCACCUACUCCAAAACCGCCUACCAUUACCUAAAAACCACAAAAUAUUCAGAAACAGCGACUGGUUCACUUAUUUCUAGACUACCCACUACCCGAAAACCACCAAAAUGCUGUCGGAUUACCAUCUUUUCUUCAUUCCAAAAUCCGCUCAUUCUUCUGUUUUGAGCUUUGAACUAGCUGCUUGUGUUCUGCUCCUCGUCCUUGUGUUUUCUUUCUGGCUCGCACCAGGUGGGCUUGCUUGGGCUCUCGCCAGCUCCAAAUCCCGAACUGCUAUCCCAGGACCAUCUGGCUUCCCACUCUUGGGCCUGCUGUUCGCCUUUACAGGCUCUGCGGCCCAUCGUGUUCUUGCUAAACUCGCCCAAUGCUUCAAUGCCAAGCCACUCAUGGCCUUUUCUGUUGGCAUCACUCGUUUCAUCAUCUCAAGCCACCCGGAAACAGCUAAAGAGAUUUUGAACAGCUCGGCUUUUGCCGACCGACCCGUUAAGGAAUCAGCUUACGAGCUUCUAUUCCACCGGGCAAUGGGAUUCGCUCCUUUCGGCGAGUACUGGAGGAAUUUAAGAAGAAUCUCGUCUAUCCACUUGUUUAGCCCGAAGAGGAUCGCUGGUUUCGGGUCUUUCCGGAGGGAAAUCGGUUUAAAGAUGGUGGACAAGAUUAGGGCUUCGAUGGUGAUGAAGGGGAAGGUUGAGGUGAAGAAAGUGUUGCGUUUUGGCUCACUGAACAAUGUCAUGAUGAGUGUUUUUGGGAGGAGUUACGACUUUAGCGAAGGUGGAGAUGGGUCUGAGCUUGAAGGAUUGGUCAGCGAAGGGUAUGAGUUACUUGGAAUCUUUAACUGGAGUGAUCAUUUCCCUGUUCUGGGUUGGUUGGACUUGCAGGGUGUGAGGAGGAGGUGCAGGAAGUUGGUUGCCAAGGUUAAUGUUUUUGUUAAAAAUAUUAUAGAUGAGCAUAGGAAGAGGAGGGUUGAUGGUGUUGUGGACGACGAGAGUGCCAGUGAUUUCGUUGACAUCUUGCUUGAUUUGGAGAAAGAAGACAGGCUCAGUGACUCCGACAUGAUUGCUGUUCUUUGGGAGAUGAUAUUCAGAGGCACUGAUACAGUAGCAAUCCUCUUGGAGUGGAUUUUAGCAAGAAUGGUGUUACACCCAGAUAUUCAAGCAAAAGCCCAAUCCGAGAUCGAUUCUGUUGUGGGAUCCACUCGAUCUGUAUCAGAUUCUGAUCUGCCCAACCUGCCUUACCUUCAGUCCAUAGUGAAGGAAUCCCUUCGGGUGCACCCUCCCGGUCCCCUCCUCUCCUGGGCCCGUCUUGCCGUCCAUGAUGUCCACAUCGGAGAGAAUUUCAUCCCAGCAGGAACGACAGCAAUGGUGAACAUGUGGGCGAUAACUCACGACGAGGGAAUCUGGUCGGAGCCGACUGAGUUCAAGCCCGAGAGGUUUAUGAAGGAGGAAGUGAGCAUCAUGGGGUCUGACUUGAGGUUAGCUCCUUUUGGCUCCGGGAGGAGAGUCUGCCCAGGUAAGGCCAUGGGGUUGGCCACUGUGCAACUCUGGUUGGCUCAGUUACUUCAGAGCUUCAAAUGGGUCCCUUCUGAUAAUGGGGUCGAUCUGUCAGAGUGCCUGAAACUUUCUCUUGAGAUGAAGAAUCCUCUGACAUGUGAAGCUGUUCCAAGGGUCACCUGAAAGUUUCAUCUGUGGUGGGAUUUGUCCUCUGAUAUGGGAUUAACAUAGAUAAUUAGGCUGGGUCGCACAACUUAAUUUUGUUUUUAAAUGCUUUGGUUUGAAUUUUAGUGUUGUUAGGUUUUCUAAGUGAAUGCAGUACCAGCUGACUGUCUUUUUUUUUUUUAAUGUUUUUUACAUUUCUGUUUUUUUGUGAGAAAAGGUGUUUUGCUUGCACUUGGUAAGGCUGGAGAAGCUGGACUGCUGGGCCUGUAUGUAGUGUGAUCCUGCUUUCGAUAUGAAUAUAUACAUAGAAAAAAAAAUUAUAUGCUUAAUUAA